AUGUCCCUUGAAGAAUUGAAGAAACUGACAACUAGAGGUCUCUUAUCAAUGAAUUAUUUUAUGUCGACAAGUACAGAAAAAAAGCAAGCACUUGUAUUUGUGGACCAGGCGUUAUCCCCAAGUCAGCUUAAUCAGGGAAUUCUGUCUGAAAUGAAAGUUGAUGUUAAAAGCUGUUAUAAACCAUUUCAUAAUAUUCAAAAUCUGAGUUAUCUUUCAAGUGAAAACGAAGUCCUAUUUUCAAUGGGUACAGUAUUUCGCAUUCAAUCAAUUCAUGAAACCGGUAGUAAAAGUUGGAGUAUUCCUCUAAAACUAGUUGAUGAAGGAGAUCAACAACUGCAAAUCUUGAGGAAUCAUAUGAGAAAGGAUAUAGGAGAAGGAAAUGAUGCAUUUGCAUUAGCACAUUUGACGAUCGAAAUGUGCUAA